GUUUCCAAACUCUCAGCAGCUGCAGCAACCAAAAACCACAACCAGCCAAGUUAACAGUGUUUUCGGCUCUCCAACAUUAUUCGACCGAGUCGGGUCAAGCGGGGGCGACCUUCAGGUCAACGGCUGGGAUGGAAGCUGUGUUCCGAGGGUUCUAUAUAAGCUCCAGCGGCGAUUCCCAAACAUCAUCAGUCAACCAUUGGAUCUUCUCGAACCAACAAGACAAUCAAACAAAAAACACUUUUCAAAAUGUUCAAAUUCAUCGCCGUCAUUGCCCUCCUGGUUGCCACCGCCAGCGCUGGUCUGAUCGAGACCCACCAUGUGGUGCACGAGCCCGUCCUCGCCAAGGUUGGAGCUGUUGUGCACUCUGCCCCAUCCGCCGUAUCCCACCAGAGCAUCACCCAGGUGCACAGCAAGGCCAUCGUCCAACCCGUGGUAGCUCCCGUACUGAAGACCACCAUCCACUCUGCACCUGCCGUCGCCGUCCACGCCGCUCCUGUGGUUCACUCCGUUCCUGUGGUGCAAUCUGCCCCCAUUGUCCACUCCGUGCCAGUUGUUCACUCCGCCCCGGUUGUCCACUCCGUCCCUGUGGUGCACUCCGCUCCUCUCAUCAAGUCCGUCCUGCAUCCAGCUCCUUUGGCCUACACCCUGCACCAUUAAAUCACUCUAUUUUUUAAAUUGUUGGCCUCAUAUAAAAAUUGCUAAAUAAAAUCCAUAAAAGUAUUAUUGAAACUUAA